GCGCGGCUCGUUGGCUUUUCCCCUUCAAUUUCUGACAAUUAUCUUUUGUUUCUCACAAAUAAUUUCUAUACAACAAACCAAAGUCAAUGGGUUUCGUGAGUGCCCCGUCGACCUGAGCAAAUGCCACCCUUGCGACACUAAUUGGCUCUGCCGCUGCAAUUAAUUUAAAAAAAAUAUGAAUCUGACUUGCGACAACAAAACAGGGCUACUGAAUCUCUAUGACGGAAGAACUGGCGGUUUGAUGUGUCCUGAGAGCAAAGAGCUUUCUCAGUGUCGAUUCUAUCAUCACAAUGCAAGCGACAGACAAAAUUUUGAAAUGUGCUUUGAGGCGAUCAGGAAGGACACCUGCGAAACUAUUUUAAAUCUUCCAUCGACUGAUGAUGGAAACAAAGAAAAUAUCAUCAAGAAACCCAACAUAACUUUACACGAGUGUCCGACCGAUCUUUACAAAUGCAACAAAAGUUCAUCAUUAAAUUACUUCUGCCCAUCCCUCGGAAGAAACAUCACCAUUCCCUGCGGCUCUAGAAAUAUUUCCGCCUUUUUUAACCGGACCACCGGACUUCCACUUUGUCCUGAUGUUGAGAUUCCUCCGAAUGAAUGUUCCUCCCUGGCGACCAUCAAAAAGGCCUGGUGCCAACGACAGGGUUUCACGUCUCUUAAUUCAACCACAACACUGACUUCCCUCAGCCAUGAUGAAGAGCCGCAGAGCAAUUUCACUCUGGUCGCCUCCGUUGUUGGCACCAUCGCUCUUUUCAGCUUUAUUGUCGGCGCCGCCUUUUUGUUUUGGCGCCGCCGACAAGCCACAAGUGGCGCCGGAAACGAGUUCGAGAUGGUGGAGAACGACAUGUACGGCUCAGUCCCUGAUCGUCCAACACCGCCCACUGACGACGACGAACCUCUGUACGAGGCCCUCAGCAUUCCUCAUGAAAAGGACGAGAAUGAGGAGGUUGAGAAUAACGACUUGUACGGAACUUUUGAAUAAUUUAUUUUGUACGUCCUGAUUCUUUAAGAGAAAAAGUUAAUUGCUAUUUUUCAUAUUUGAUCAAACUCAUCGGCUGAAACAAACGCCCAAGUGGGAAAUUUUCAAAUUUUUCGCCAGUGUCAAAAGUACAAAAUUUUCAAUAUAUUUCACCUCAAAAAUUGACACUGAUUUAAUUUUUUUUAAUUGGCUUGCGGAAAUUACUGCAAUGAAAAGCACAAUUAUUGAUAAAUCAAAUUAAUUUAAAAUACUUAAGUAAAAACUGAGAGUAAUAAAUAAUAGCAAUAAAUUUGUGAAUAUUUUUAUUUGGACAGGUUUCUCUG